CAAACUCAUACUGUGUGAACCUCAGUUGUUGCUGAAUCGUCUGACUGACCUGGUGGACUACUCAAGAGUUCUACUUGUUGCUGGUGAUCACAAUCUAUUUCAAGCGCUGGUAAUUCGCUUGGUCUUGCGAGAAUUCCGGACACAUCUGUGAGAUGCCAACCAGCGAUGACAAGCUCCCAGUGGAGGACCUCAAAGGGUUGCUGUCCCUGAAAUUCGGAAAUGAAAUUGAAAUACUCGAGACAACCUGGAAGAACCUGACAGAUCCUGGUGAGAAUUUCGGGAGUCUGAUCCUUGCAGUGAACGUAGUUUUCACAAAGAACUCGUCAAAAAGAUUGCUGCACACAGUUGUAAAACUCCCUCCGCCAUCAGCCUAUCUGGUCCAGCUCUUCAACUCACCAGCAACCUUCAGUAAAGAGCUCGUCUUCUAUCGAGACGUAACCCCAGUGUUUCUACAACUCCAAAAAGACAACGGCAUCAUCGACGCCGAAUCCACAUGGCUGGGGCCUGAGUACUACGGUGGACGCCUGGGACUGAAGUCCGAGUUCGACAAUCAGGCGUGCAUUGUCUUGGAGAAUUUAAACUACUCGGGCUACAAAAUGAUCGAUCGCCUAGAAGGCCUCACCCGGGAUCAAACAGAAUACGCAGUAAAACAACUCGCUAAACUCCAUGCAAUUACGAUUGCAACAAGAAUUCAGAAGCCAAAAAUAUUUGAGAAUGUGGUGAUGCCAGCACUGGAGAAUGCAGCGAACGACGAAGCUGUCUCGUGCGUGAUGGAUAUGAUAAAGAAAGCGGUCUCUGAUCUGGGAAAUAUUCCAGAUGCCAAGGCAGACAUGGACGACGUCCACAGAACCAUCGAGAGAAUGAUGGAGCUGGAGGAAUCCAUGGAGAAGGAUGAUAAUUGGUUUACAUUCGUUCACAGCGAUUUUUGGGGGAACAAUAUGAUGUUCAAGUUCAAAGAGAACUCCCAGGAGAUCGUUGACAUGAAGAUUGUCGAUUUUCAAUUAGGUAAUUACGAUUAUGGUGUGAAGGAUCUGAUUUUCUUCCUCAUCUCCAGUCCCAGAAUUGAGUUGGCAGAGGCGAUGUUCGAUGACAUGGUGGAGCUGUAUUACCAGUCGUUUGUCGAGUCUUUGAGGAGAUUAAAUGUAGAUGCGAGCAAGUUUACGAGGGAGAAGCUAUUGAGGCUGCUUGAUAUGUGUGGACCAUUGAAAUUGGCACAGUGUCUCGCCAUGACGCAGGUUAUUAAGUCGGUUCCUGGGUCAGUGCCGAAGAUCGAGACCAUUGAUAAUAAAGAAAAUUUUCUACAGAUCGGAGAUGGAGAGGCCUACAGGGAUAAAUUACUGCAAGUCAUGCAGAUUUUUAAGAAACGUCGAUGGCUUCUCACCACGUAAAUCAAUUAAUCCAGAUGUUUGGCAGAUUGUCUUUGCAAUUCAAUAAUGAGCAGGUGAUAGAGGACAAUGGGGACUCGUUUUUCCGCAGUCAUUGACUCAGGGCUGGGUGGAGUGAGAAAUUGAUGACGAAAAAUUAUAGCCUGUUACAAAGAAGGGAAAGUUCAUGUUCGGCGGGGAGUAAACAAUUCCAUUCCAUUGGUAAUUCAGAGAGUUAUUGCUAUUCAGAAAAAAAUAUGGAAAGUAUCUAUUUUAUUUCACUGUCCUUUGUGCUUUGGGUUAUAUUGUAUUGGUGAUUAAUAUAAAUAGUUUUUACCUCGAGGAGAUCAGCAACAGCGUCUGGUAGAUUAAACUCACGUACAACUCGUAAUCUCACUUGUCUGUUUAUUUCGUGACGACAAGAUAGGGGUAAAGUCACAGCCCGCUGACAGCUCGGUGACUGCCUGAGUUUUUGUUCGCGUUUCAGCAUCGCAGACAUUGUCAUUGCGUCUGGAACUGGAUUUCAUAUUUUUAAUAUACUUCGAAGAAAUUCUCGAGCCAUGACGAAAUUUAUUCAACGAAUCAAUGAAAAAAAAAAGUGAAAGCAAUGUGUCAUUUGAGCACUCUGUUCAAUUAAAUUUUAUAUGAAAUAUUACGGAAAAUCCUGUCUAAAUGUGUAAAUGAGUUUUAACCGAUUAAAUCUACUAAUUGAUUUUGACGAAAUUAAUUGGGUUAAAAAAUAUAUUGCACGCGGUCUUCAGUGGAAAAAGUUCCAAUUCGAAUUUUUACUUCGGAACUCACUCUUUUCAAUUAAAAUAAUGUAAUGAAUAUCGGUAAAACCUUAAAAACACAUCGAAAACAAAAAAUAGACAAAAUCCAUAAAUGAAAAAAAAUUGUAUCAAUAGGUUAUCAUGCAGUAUCAUGUGGGUAUCAUUUGAAAAGAUAGCGAACUAUAAAUUGAUACCCUCGUGAAUUUCUGAAUACAUGCGUUACUAAAAUAUUCAAAA